AUGUCCCAGCCGACUGAGAUUUCCAUAAAAGUGAGCUGGACCCACAAAAACUGCGAAUUAUUUCUUCUACAAGACUCCAGGAGGGCGAUGGAAGCCGAAAUGUCCCCGGAUUGCACGGCAGAUGGUCUUUUUCUUCGUAGAGUAAUAGUAGGUGGUGACGGCCAGUUCCGUUCACCGAUGAUAAAAGGUAUAUUUCUCGCUGUCGGGAUGUCGUAUCUCAUAGCUUUCGCAGAGAUCGCUCACUACCUUCGAAGAGCAUUCGAGGAGACACUUGCAGAUUCUACGAAGUGCUCAAAAGGUGACUCUGCAGCAGGAAGAUGUUACGGUGGUUUCGCAAGAAUAUCAACGGUCGUUAACCAAGCUCGAAAUUCCUCAAUGCCUACACUUUUCUUAGAUGCUGGUGACACUUACGAUGGUAGCAUAUGGUUUACCGUUUACAAGUGGGAGAUCGUAUCAAAGUUCUUAAAUAUAUUAGCACCAAAUGCGAGUUCACUAGGCAAUCACGAGUUCGACCAGGGGCUAGAGGGUUUAAAGCCAUAUCUAGCAAGGGCAUCGUAUCCCAUAGUAGCGUCUAAUGUGGAUCUAAAAAACAACGCUUUAUUACCCCGUUCGUCAUUGUCAAAUAGUACGAUAGUGGAAUUCAAUGGAACGCGGAUUGGUAUUAUCGGAUAUGUGACGCCAAACACAAUGUACGAAGGAAAUCCAGGAAAUGUCGAUUUUUUUGAUGAAAUAAAAUCAAUACAGCGUGAAGUUGAUAAAUUGCGCGCUAACGGCAUUGAAAUCUUCAUUGCCCUUGGUCAUUCGGGUAUCGAUAUGGACCUACAAAUUGCACGCGAAGUUGAUGGUCUUGAUAUGAUCGUCGGUGGCCAUUCGCACACUUUUCUUUAUACUGGCGAACCACCUGACAGUGAGAAAACUAAUUACACAUAUCCUAUAAAGGUCGAGAGGGAAGAUGGCUCAAUAGUUUAUGUUGUUCAAGCCUACGCGUACACAAAAUAUUUGGGUAAUAUAACAGUAGGUUUUGACCGAACUGGUAAUGUCACAAAUAUUGCCGGAAGACCUAUACUCUUGAACAAAGAAAUUGAACAGGAUCCAGAUGUUCUCGCAGAAUUGGAGAAAUGGCGGGCUCCCGUUACUACUUUGGAAAAUACCAUAGUAGGUAAAACCAAAGUUUUUCUCGAUGGUCAGUGGAAUAGCUGCAGGAAACAAGAAUGCAACCUGGGGAAUCUUAUCACAGAUGCAAUGAUCGAUUAUAACCUGAAACAUUUCAAUGGGUCUGAUGCUUGGACCGAUGCUGCUAUUGCUAUUCAUGAAAGCGGGUCAAUUAGAGCUUCAAUACCUAGAACUAAUGAUGGCAAGAUCACCAUGAGCGAUAUUUGGACAGUUCUGCCGUACAAUGACGAGAUGAUGAAAGUUACAGUCACCGGAAAAGAAAUCUUACAUGCUCUGGAAUGGAGUGUCUAUUCACUAGAGCAAAAUCAAACUGCAAACUUUAAAGGUGCUUACCUCCAAGUUUCAGGACUACGGGUGAAAUAUGAUCUGAUGCAAUCACCUGGUUCAAAAGUAUUAUACACAGAAGUGCGCUGCACCAUCUGUGAUAUCCCAAGUUUCAGUGAAAUCAAUAUUGAGGCAAACUAUACUAUUUUAUUAACCGGUUAUUUAGCCAGAGGUGGAGAUGGUUUCAAUGUGUUUAAAAAAUCGUUGGUUUCUCAUACGGAACCCAGAUGA